AUGGCUUCAGGUACUGCUUCCGGGAGCAGAAGAUCGUCGCCAAGCAGCGACGGCAAUGCCUCCAGUGAGGGUUCGGCUUCGGAUGGUGAGAGCGCUUCCGAGGCUGAUGAAUCUGAGGCAUGUGAGUCAGACCCAGAGGUUGACCUUGCCCCAGCCACCACCGAUGCAAAUCCCUUGCAGGUGAUUCCGGAAUCCGGUGAACUCCCGAGUGUUCCAGAGCCUCCUAACCCGAAGCAGGUGAUUCUGGAAUCCGAGGAAGUCCCAGCUGCUGAUCCACCCAAAACCAGGGCUGACUGGUGUCCUUCAGCGAUCAGUGCAGAGAAGCUGGCCAAGCUGAACAUCCCCGCAGCUGAGUGCAACAUGAAGACCGGCUCGCUUGCUUCAUCUUCAAGCAUCCAUACUCCGCCCCCCAAAGGCCUGCCACAAUCUCCGCGCAGUGUUGCUAAGCAUCGCAAAGAGCACUAUCUCGUCAAGAACGGAGUGCAUGGUUACCACUGCACAAUCUGUGGAAUGAUGGACCAGGACAUCAAGAAGAUCAAAGAGUCACCCUGCAGGGCCCCGGAUCACGAGCCUGGGUCGGACGGGCAGGCGUCUGUCGAUGAAGCGACAGCACAGCAGAUGAUGCUUGAUGAGCUUCGCGAGCUGGAGCAGGAAGGCCUGUUGCUUGAAGGGCUAUUGAAGGAAGAGCAGGAGCAGCUUGAAGAGCUUAUGCUACUAGGUGAGCUAGAGAACAUGGAAAGGGAACUGCGGGAUCAAGAGGAUGCAGAUCUUCGAGCAGCCAGGGCUUUAAGCUUGGAGCAGUCACACUACCCAAAGGUUGCAGCAAGCAAGAGUGCGACAGCCACACUGCAGGAUCAAGAGGAGGCAGAUCUUCGAGCAGCCAAGGCUUUAAGCUUGGAAGAGUCAUGCUACCCAAAGGUUGCGACAAGCAUGAGCAAGCCAGCCCUACGCCCACACAAGCGACCAAAGCGACACUCUUUCCAUGGCAAGGAAGCCAAGGAGGCAAGCCGAAGAAGCCUGCUGGCAGAGGCCGUGCAGGGUCUCGUGGGCGUGGGGGUGGGCGGGGAAAAGCCUCAGGUCGAGGAAGAGGAUCUGGGAAAGGAACAGGCAGGGGCAGGGGAAGGUCGGUGCCAGGAGGAAGCCACAAGGAGGAGGAUGAAGGUGAUGAUAUGGAGGAGGGGUCUCCUGCCACUGGCCGUGCAGGGGGUCGCGGACGGGGGGGAAAAGCCGGGGGCAAAGGAAGAGGAGGAGGAUGAGGCAAAGUCAUCGACUUUGAAGAAAAAGGCCGAUAGCAAGCCAAAGCCCAAGCCGAAGUCCAAGUCGAAAGCAACCCCUGCACCCAAGUCGCACGCCAAAAACAAAGUUGCCAAGACAGUGGCAAAGGCCAAGGCCAAGCCCUCCAAAGGGGCCGGCACCAGAACCAGUACAGGGAGUGUUCACGACGAGGCCAAGAAAGCCAAAAGCAGGAAAUCCGUUGCUUACCACAAAGCUUUCAAGCUGGCGCAAACAAACGGCCUGCCCCUCGAUGAGUGCAAGGCAGCUGCUAAGGAGGCAUAUGCCACCACGAACUGA